UACGAUUUCUGAAAAUACGUAGUAUCACUGAGGAUCACCUAAUAUAACAAUUAUAUUGUGACAAAUGAAUAUCGACCCGGUUGUAAGUAAUCAUUAUGUGCGAUUAACCGGUGCGGACGGUUUGAAAUGUAUCUAGCGGAUUAUUUAAUAUAACAGCUGAUAACGCUGGAUAGAGGUCAUCGAUGCUUUUAAAAUAAAGUGAAUACGCAAACUGUUACUAAAUGAUGGAUGUUACUGUAAGAACACCAUCAGAUGGACAUCUCCAUGUGCAACUUGAAGCGUCCGACAACGUUUCUCACGUCCAUACAUUCAUAAAAGGUCGUCUUGGAAUCGACGAACACGAUCAAAUAUUGAUUGAUCUUUAUUCGGAUAAACCAGUUAGAGCAGACGAUAGUCUAGAACAGUAUAGAAAUGGCGGCUUUUGCUCAUUUUACGUGGCGACAGAUCGACAAUGUUUCAGAGAAGAUGAACUGGGAGACCAAGAGCACAAAAUAAAUAAGCUUAUCUACUGUCUAGUUACUGGAAGCGAGAAACUGUCAACGAUUAUGUCCAUUGCUGAUGAAAACAUCGAUACAAAACCUUUUACAGAUGUAUCUACAAAUACAAACAGAUGCAUACAAGAACUGGACUGGUGCAAAGGGGAAAUACACAUGCGCACCAUUAUACGACUGGAUUCAGAAUCAGAAAUUAUAGAUCCCAUACAGAUGAGAGGGGCGUUGAUUCAUGUUAACACUGUCUUUGAAAGACUCAAGCAACGCUUUUUAACUUUUCGUGAAAAUCUCCGAUUAUUUUUAUUUAUCAGCAAAACGGUAUGUGAUUGUACUGACAUGCUAGAGAACUGGGAAAACGGUAUCAAAACAAUAAAGAAUAAAGCAGAUGAAUUCGAAAAGAACCAAGAAAAUCAAAAACGGUUCGCUAAAGACCUACAAAAGAAAGUUAAGAUCAUGUUUGACAAUGCAUCUUCAUGUCAAAUCGAAGGUGACGCAGCUGCAUCUGAAAAAGUAUUGAACGUUAGGAACGGAACAAAGAGGUUUCUGAAAAAGUUGAUUGAAACUAUUACAAAGGAUGCUGAAAACAUUCUUUCCAUUAAAGAACUCCUCACAGGAGCCACGACAAAUGAAAACAUAAAUUUCCAGCAUGCGAGGAAAUCAGUCAAACAAUUUGAAAGUAAUUUUCACAACGUUCAGGCGAUGGCCAAUCUUGUGAUUCAGAACGGAAAUGAUUGUACCAAAUAUUGUCGAGAACAACUCGGCUUUUACGAAAGACAGCUGCCCGGUUUACAAAAGACACAAUAUGAGGCAGAGGAAAAUAAAAAGAAAAUUGAUGAAAAACUCGCAGACCUGCGUUUGCAAUGCGACAAUCUUAGGGAACUUGAAAAACGAUUAAGCACUAGAUUGGACGAGUUAAUCGAAAUACGAGACAAUCCCUUUAAAUAUCUUUGGAACGCAGUUGUUACCACUGCAGCAAUUGCAUUGGUCCCAUUAACAGCUGGUCUGUCCCUUGGCCUUCUUGGAUUGAUUCGGGGGAUAGAUUGGAAUAAUCUAGAUAGCGUUAGAGAUGGCCUUAGAGAAGUGAGACGAAACCAACAAGAAAAUGAAGAGAAGAGAAAGUCUGUUAAAGACGAGAUUGACGGGUUAAGUAAGGAAAGAGAAAAGCUCACACACAAAACAGAGCGAACUUCAAAAAAUAUGGAAACGUUAAAGACUUCAAUACAAGUAUUACCGAAAAUAUCGAGCGGAGUUGGAAAAGUGAGCGACAGUGUUGAUGAUGUUGUCCAGACUUUCAAGGAUUUUGAAAAAGUUACUUUUUCAUUUGACGUGAGAGAGCUACUGAUGGAAAGAAGUAUGUCUUACAAAAACGACCCGCACGCAAUCGGCGGCGAAAUACAGUUCACAAAAGAAGAGGAGGCGGUAAUAUUAAUUGGGAAGCUAGAGUUUGUGGACAAACAUGUUUUGAAUAUGCUAAAUAUGACAAAACGACUACUCAAAGUUCUGAGAAAUGCUGACGAGCUGAUCAAUGGCGUUCAGGAGGAUGGCCGUAGUGUUGUCCCAAAUCUCGACAAGGACAUAUAUGUCCGUGAUCCCGGCAAGUUCAAAUAUCGUUCAGCGUAUGAUGCUGUAUUGCAAGUGCUGCGAACAAGGGCUGCUCGUUUAAGAAGCAGUCUGGAAAGCAUGCACACUGCUAGUGAUCUCCUUGAACUGAUACUGAGUUUGUUCUCGAAAAAGUAUAAAUCACUAGAGGAUAUAACGUCACUGUACAACGAAGUGUUGGCCAUGUUGGGAGAGCUGGAUAUCAGUCAGCAUUGUACAGACUUUGCUGCUGAAUCUAGGAAUGAAGAAGGCAAUGAAAACGAUGACGAAACGUCCCCAAAGGAAGUAGCAGAUGAUAUGCAGACACACAUGGAUGGUGAAGAGCAGCACGAUGCAAACACAAUUCUUCCUGGUGCUGAAGGGAUCAGAAUAUCGAUGGGCGUACCGGGAAGCACAGAAGGCACGGAGCAACCACAGGACUAUGUCGGAGAUGACCAAGAGGGGAAACAAAGAGUUAAGGAGAAGCUGAAUGAAUAUAUCAAUGCCAUGCUUGAUCUGUAGGAAGUGAAGCCCUUCAAGAUUCAUGACAUAGUUUGGAAGGACUGGAACAUUCUUCCAUCAUUCUUAUAUCAUACAGAUUUACUUUCCCCUUACAUAUUUUCAUUUUAAAUUUAAACCAAUAAAAGUAUGUACUACUACAUUGUGCAUGCCUCUAGUACGGAUUGGUUCGAACUUAGAUUAAAUUAACAAUGGAGUGUUACAUCGCUUUUUUGUAAAUGCAUGAUUCAAAAUGAAGCUGGUUUACAAUAUAUUGUAUGUUUGAAUACUUUAUCAACAUAUCCAUAGUUUGUUUGAAUCUAACUAUAUACUAUGUAGUAAGUAUCAUACUAACAACCGAAAUAUCUAACUUUUACAUGUUCUUUUCGUGGUUAGUGGUUAGCACAUAGCUGUGCCCAUCCCAGAGGCAUUGAAGUAUAAUGCGCAACGGGGUUUUCCUAGAUAUUGAAAAAAUAUACCGGAGCUUUCUUAGCUUUUUAGGGACAAUACUGCGUUUUGAAGGAAAAUACCGGAGUUUUCAUAGGUACAUUGUAUUGAAGGAAAAUAUCGGAGUUUUCAUAGAUGUUGCAUCGGUAUUGAAUCAAAUUACCGGGGUUCCAUAGACAGUGAAGGUAAAUACCGGGGUUUUCAUAAUCAAAUCGUUUUUGUUUUUGUGUGUUUUAUCAAUAUUAUUUUGGUAAAGAUAUGUUUAUUAAUGUUAAUUUCGAAUGUAUAAUGUAUAGCAUUAUUUACGAAAUGUAGUUUUAUUCAGUUUACACACUCAUACUCAUACUUUGAAUGUAUUGAUGUUAUUCAUAAUCGUAAUUUUAUUUUAUAGUUUUUAUGUGAAAUCUAGAACUGUUUUUGUACACAAUGGAAGAUUAUAAUAUGAAUCGUCAUUCAAAACGAAAUUUAUCAAACGAGUUUCUAAAUUUGAUAAUUGAUGACGAUUUGAACUGACAGUUCCAAUGCCCGCAAUUUAUUGAUAAAGCUAUAUUGAUGCAAGAUGGGUCUGUAUGUGUUGUUUGUAUGUUUGUGUCUGUUAUACAGUGUGGGUUUGACUUCUGGGCGUGUCCCUUUAGGUGUUAUUUUAUUGUUAUACAUGGCUGUAUUUACAAAUUAGCUUUGCAAAAUUAUAUACCCAUCUUAUGUUUCACUCUAUUACCCAUCAUGCAUACAUUUUUAUUCAUACAUGAUCUUAUACUUAGAGUGUGUAUAUAAGGCACAUAAUCAUUCACAUUAUCUCUGUAAACGUAACGCUUAUCAUGUUUUUUACCGUUUUUUAGUAAUUUCUGAAAUUGUCAAGGAACUGUCACUUCCUCCAUUUUGCCAGCUUGCAAGUGCGUCAUGAUACAUCGUUUCAUUUCAAAACGCGAAUGCUUCUUGCAACUUUAAAAGUAAUCUUAGAUUGUUUUAUAAUGUCGUUUGUUUAUUGCAAACUAUUUAACAGAUUCAACCCAUUAUUUACUACCUUAAACUAAUAAGUCGUUGCACUAUUUUCUAACAUUCGCGCGUUUUUAACUCUGAUUUACAAGGUUGUGAAAUUAUGUUUGUUGUGACAAUUGCAAAUGAUUUAAGGUCAAAUAGCCUGAACCUGAUAUCAGCAUGACACAAAAACGAUAUUUAUAAGAAAAGUGUCCGAAAAGUAAAGGAUAAUUCAAAUAGAGACUUAUGGUUUGUUAUUGUGUAAGAAAGCCAUAUAUUUUUUUCCGGGCGCGAACCAUAAGUUUUAUAUUUUGUUUUGCCAUGAGAGAAAAUUAUACUUUCGGUGUACAAGAGCGGGUGUAUAUUGCCCUAAUACUCUGAAAUAGCUUUCUUUUAUUAACUGCUUACAAUUCUUUGAUAUCUAAUUACUCGAGUAGUAAGCUGUGCCAAAUCUUGGUCAUAUGAUGUCAUACCGAAAAUGAAGUAUAUUUGUUCGUACAUGCACUGUGUGUAUUAACGUGUGUUUUUCGUUAAAAUCGAGGUAAAAUUAAAAGAAGAAUGGAAAAAUGUAUAUUUAUUUUUAAAAUCAGUGAUUAAAAUGAUGAGGUCAUCACGAAAUAUUCCAUCGCUAUUUUUUCAAUGAACCAUAAGAAAGCGUGCAGUACUUAUUAUCAAGAGGAAACAAUACCUUGUGUUUAAAAUGUAGUUUGCUUUUUAUCAUUGUUGUGUUGUAUAACAAUUGCUACACCAUAAUAGUAUAUUAUAGCUAAGGUUGAGGUAAUAUAUUUCUUUUGAAAUCGUCCAAGUGUUUGUACUCAACUUAAUCAGUAUCAUACUUAUACAAUCUUGAUGUAAGGUUUCACGAAUUUUUCGAAUAUUGUAUUGUCGUGACAGAUACAAAUGUACGAAACGAAGUAAUUAAAAAUCAUAAAAAAACUAACUGCAUUGAUGCAUUUAGUCUAUAUCGAAAUAUGUGUGUGAUAUCAACAGUUAAGAUUGACAUAAGGUAAAUUAUAGUUGUACGGAAAUUCAAUUCAAUAUUUCAUAAUUCUAUGUCAUCAAUGCUUAUUCUUAAAAGUAUUUAGUUUUAUUAAACGUGUG